AUGAAACCAAAGAAGAGACCUACACUGGACAGAAUGUUCGCUUCCACGUCACAAAGAAAUGAUGAUGGUUUGCGGGCGUCUAACAAUAUCUCGUUACUUAUAGCAAAAUCCGGAAAACCGCAUACUAUCGGAGAGAAGUUAAUUUUGCCAGCCGUUGAAGAGGUUUUAAAAACUGUUUUACACAAACCUGCAUCUGAUAGCAUUAAAAGAAUUCCCUUAAGCAACAAUACUGUUGAAAGACGUAUUGAUGAAAUGAGUUCUGAUAUUGAAAGCUUCUUAUGUAAUUAUUUGCAAACUACCCAGUUCUCUAUACAACUGGACGAGUCAACUUUACCUGAUAAUGCAGCAUUAUUAUUGGCAUAUGUUCGUUUUAUUAUGAAUCAAGAAAUCUUCGCAAGAACUUUGAUAACCGAUACUAAAGGUGAAUCAAUGUUUCAUGUUUUGAAGGAUUACUUCAUUGAAAAAGCAAUUCCUUUAUCAAAUAUAACAUCAGUAGCUACAGAUGGAGCACCUGCCAUGGGAAAUGCUAAGAUUCUUCACCUAGUAUCCAUUGAGUCGCUGUGUAGUUCAGUGCACGAGCGAGUUCUCGGCUCCCCUCAACUUCUGUUGUUUUUGUGCGUGUGCAUUAUGCAGGCCAUGCUGACCAAAAUUAUGUUCGGUUUAUUUGAUGAAGAAAGAUGA